AUGAACACCUGCGUCUGGGAGCCAAAAGGCAGCCGCACCAGCAAAUUGACCUCAGGGCCAUCAGGGCCAAAAAGGAGAGGCCCCGUGACUGCACUCCAGUGUGCAGAGCUGAGUGCUCUUUCAGGGUUCAGCCAGGGCUUCUCUGAGCAAGAAAUAUUGAGGCCUGGAGACCAAACGGGCAAAACCCAGCAGAGAGGGGAGCAGCAGGCAUCCCAGCGCCCUACCUUCUUCCAGCGCAAAGCUCCAGGCGCAGCACCCGCUUCAGACACAGGUCCUCGGCAGCAAUGGCCAUGCGGCAGUGGCUGUACAGGCAGAUCCUGCGGGCACAGCAAGGAGAGCCCCUCUCCGUCCUACCCGCUGGUCCCCUCGGCCCCAAGGCAGGCCCGGCUCCAGCUGGGCAGCGGCUGCCUCUACUCGCCUGGGCAGAGUCAUAGCCCACCCCCUCAGCCCCACCAAGCUAAGGCUCAAAUGGCCGGGGGGGGAGCAGCCUGCGGCAAUCGCUUCCCUCCCUCCCAGGUUGGGACCAUCGCUGGGCGCGCAACUAACAGAGAUCCGAAGCGCCGGCCGGGCAAGCGAGCAAAGGCUCCUCCGGUGAGCCGGGCUGCCUUCCUAAACAGCCGCCUCACGCCAGGCCAAGCGUGGCUGGUCAAUUCCACGGCCCCUCCCGAGCGUCUCCGGCUGGCUGGUGCCGGGAAGAGCCGCGGCUUGGCUGGGCUGCCCUUCCCCCGGCCUUCGCCAGGAGGUCAGGCGGCGGCGGCGGGCACUCACAGGCAUCUCCCGCCUGCUCCACCACCAGGCUCCCUUGCACGGCCUGCGGCGGACAGUCAAGGGAAAAUUCGGAACAGCCGCAGGAGCAGCUCGCCCACCCGCCACAUCAGCCGCUCGGGCUCCGCCCGCAGCCGCCGCGCCCUGCCUGGUCCCACCGGGCAGCGCAGCAUCGACUCCAGCCCGCUGGCGCCUCCCUCGGCCAAGGAUACGGCGAGGCACGUCUGCCCGCCAGCCAGCGCCUCCUGA